AUGGAAACUGGUAUUAUUUCAUCAAACAUACAGUAUAAAACACCGCGAAAGGAACAUACUCCUAUAAUUGAAGGUAGAAUAAAAAUCAUCACUGAACCUACUUUAUGGAACGGCGGUUAUGUUGGCAUUAGUUCUUCCGGAUUUGGCGGUACAAACUCUCACAUACUAUUGAAAUCGAGUCCCAAAAAUAAGAUCAACAUUGGAACACAAGACGGCUUACCUAGACUUAUAACAGUAUCUGGUCGUACUGAGGAAGCUGUUAAAACUCUAUUAGAUGACAUAAAUAGCCGACAACUAGACGUAGAAUAUGUGGCCCUUCUGUACAGUAUUCACAUUGAAAACAUUGAGGGCCAUCCGUACAAAGGAUAUACUGUAAUCGGAUCUGAAGUUGUUAACAAAAUAAAAGAAGUUGGGAACUGCACAAGAAGACCAAUUUGCUUUGUGUUUCCUGGAACAGAAGUUGAAUGGCAUAACGCAGAACUGAUGAAGCUACCGGUAUUCGCCAAAGUAAUUGAGAAAUGUAAUGAGAUAUUAAAGCAGCAUGAUAUAUGCGUCAAUGAUAUUAUAAUGGAUGAAACUGGAACAACCUGCAACAGCAUCAUCCGAUCAUUCAUAGCAAUUACUGCCACACAGAUUGGAAUAGUGGAUCUCUUAACACACGCUGCUAUCCAGCCGGAUUACACAAUAGGUCUCUCUAUUGGUGAACUUAUCUGUGAAUAUGUUGAUGGACGUUUUACUAUAGAGGAAACAAUUUUGGCGGCAUAUUACAUAGGCAUAGCAUUUGAGCAGGCUAAGCUGCAGGUGAAGAAAUAUAUAUCAAUCAUUUGUAUGUACAAAGCAAUACAUAAAAUUAAUCACGGUUCCACAGGAACCGUUAAUGACAUUACUGCGAAUCGAUGUAAAUACCUUAAAAUUGUUAGGACAAAACUCUUGGAGCAUUUCAGCCGAAUAUUACCAACGGAACCUUCAAAAAGCCGCAGAGUAACGCAGUUGGGUAGACCACAAAGUAAACGCGACUUGACUGAGACUGCUGCAGAAUAUUAUGCAGACAAUAUCCUGAAUCCAAUACCAUUAAAAGAAAUUAUAACUUUGAUAUCGAAAAGCACGGUACUCGUCGACAUAGUACCGCACAAUGCUUUUCAAUCGAUUAUGACAAAUUUGCUAGAAUCAACGAUAACAAUCAUUCCAUUAUAUAAACGCGGCCAGAAACAUACCAUACAAAGCUUUUUAGAAGGAAUUGGAGAUCUUUAUAAUGUAGGACUUCAACCACAGAUUGCAAAUUUGUAUCCACCAGUGCAAUUUCCUGUUAGUCGCGGAACACCAAUGAUAUCUCCUCUUAUUAAAUGGGAUCAUUCUGAAGACUAUUAUGUAUUCCGUUAUAAGGAGAAAAAUAAAAUUUUCAGCACUGAAAGAAUCAUCACUAUUACACCCGAUGAUGAGGACUUCGAAUAUUUGUAUGGUCACGUGAUAGAUGAAAGAAUUUUGUUACCUGUUACUAGUUGCCUUUAUGAAAUUUGGCGUACAAUUGGCUCGUUGAAUGGCACUGACCAUAAAAACAUCGAUUACAAUAAUACUUUCGAAAUUCUCGAGAAAGGCAAUGUGAUUGUCAGUGGUGUCGUGAGGAUCUCUAACGAUAUCGCGAAGGAGAGGCUACAGUUUUUAGCUAAGAGUGACGAUGCUGAAGAAUGCAUGAAUACUUCAGAUAUUUUCAAAAAACUACGAGUCUGUAGCUAUCAGUAUACCGGUUUGUAUCGCUCGUUGAAAAGCGCUUCAAUUAAUGGGAGCGUAGGACAUAUCAAGUGGUCAUCAAAUUGGGUGGCGUUCAUCGACAAUAUGGUGCAAAUGAAAAGCCUGUCGCUUGACUCGAGAAAUGUUAUAUACAUAACGACUUAUAUUCGCAAAUUGAGGUUCAUAGCCAUAUCACGUCGGCCAGCAAACAUCAAACCUGUGCACGAGGAAUACAAGUUCAUUGGUUACCGCGAUCAUACUACGAUCUCCUUAAAAGAUGCAGUGCAAAUAUCAAUACAGAUCGCACUUGAAUGUCACGAAUUGAGAAACGUUAAAGUGAUCGAGGUCGUUGAAGACGAUGACAAAAUUCUGCUGGAGGAUCUAAUUAUUCCAAUUGUACACGAAAUUCUAAGCAACUUGCCGUCAGUACAAUCUAAUCUCACGUUGGAUGCGACGGAAAAUAGACUCCAUAGUUCCUUAUUACCUCAAAAUCUAUCAGUCAUACAACCUAACAAGUAUUGA